AUUGUUGAGAUGGAGCCCGCGUUGUUUGUCGCCGACUGCUCACGUGUAGUGAAAAAGUACGGAGCGUUGUGAAACUUUUAGACGUUGUUGCGCGAGAUUACUCAACGAAAGGUCUUAGAAGAGGAAAGGAAUAUUAAUUUCUAAAUCAGUCAUGGCAGUCCCGACAGUUAACGGCGUAGCACACGGUUAGUUAAUAGUUCCUUUAUACCCCAUUUACUUUAAGCACACUUCAGCCGUAAACAAUAAUUUUACGAAGAAGUUUAGGAUAUGUUUAAACACCCCUACUUUCGAAUUGUAGGGUAUAAGUUAAACACAUUUGCGACAACUUGAAUAUCAUUGGUGAUACUCCUCUGUUUAUCAUUUUCUUAGUGAACAUUUUGUUCGGUGGUCGAUAUGAUUUAACUUUAUUAAAGUGAAAAGCACCUUAACUGAAUUAUGCAAUGAUUCAAGUUAAGAAUCCACGUUUCGCUGCUCAAUGACAAAAUUCAUUCGUUAUGUAAUACAAUGUGAGAACGUUAGUCAGAUUUUCUAGACGAAGUCGUGUAGGAGACAACUUAUUAGAGAGAGUUGGUGUGUUUUUGUCUAGGGUUCUCGGAAAUGCAACCUAGUUUAUUGUUCACGACAAAAUUUUCGUUUUGGGAGGAGCCAGUUGUAAACUCAAAUCCAACCUGUUGCAAGAGUUUGAGAAAAUUCACUGAAUUCCUUUCUGAAGUAGAGAAAAUAAUGCUAAGGUUGUUACGAAGUGUCUUUUAAAGGAUAAAUGGAAAGGAAUAUGAAGUUUACAUUUGAGUUGAGGGGUAGUAUUUACCAAGAGAGAGUGUUAGAUUCACGUCAGGAGUGUUCUCUGUAGACGUCAAACCGCGGUCAGCAGUUUUUAGUUAGAGGGUAGAGGUUUCCAGACUUUCAGCUUUUUAGAUUGACGUUAGAUUUCACCUGAAAAAAUCAAUAUGUACGGCACUAUCUUGAAUUACACAAAGGAUGGAGGUCCUUUAUUUCAAACACAAAAUGUGGCUAAAAGACUUGUUUGCUAGCAUCCCAAACGGAAUGGUUAUAAAGAAAAGACUUCAAUUCACAUAUAUCUAUAGGACAUACUAGAGAACGUUCAAACAGGAAGGCAAAAAGUAUCAAGGGAGUUUAAAUACUGGAAACUUCCUUGCCUGAGGUUCAAACGUGGACAGCAACGGGCAAUUGGCAAACAUGACCUCUGGAGUCUGGUCACGUGACUCCUAGACAUUUAUUGUAACACCUAUUCAGAAACAAAUGUGGAUUUAAAACUCCCUAAUGUGAAAUCAUCAAAACCCACACAUGGAUACAAAUUUUAAUAAAUUGCUAUUUAAGAUCUCAUCAGACCAUUUGUCAAUAUCAAGGGAAAAUACAAAAUCCUGAAAAAAGAACACGAGGUAUGGCUCAAGGGAAACUAGUACCAAUGAGAGGAAGGUGUCAAAGUCAUUGUCAUAAUCUGAAAGGCCUCUAUCAGAGUGUUAUCUUUUUGGUGGACAUUUGUCUGGGAUGUGGAUAUCCUAAUUUUUUUUUCCCACAUUGUGUCCUGCACUCUUUACAUUAGGACAUUUAUUAAAACAGAGUGCAGUUUAAGAGGAUUAUGAGUUUGUAACAUUUGUUUUAGGAUUAAAUCCAGAAUAUAUAGGAUUUUUACUAAUUUAUCAUGUGCUGAAGGUACACUGUAUUUUCCUUUUCCAUCCUGAAGAAUCAACUUCUUAGACUUGGUUGUUAAAAAUAAAUAUAGAUUUGGAGUUAAAAAAGUUUUAUUGUAUUUAUUGGUUUCUCUUGACUGUGAUUUUUAGAUUUACAAGUGGAAGUGAGCAACUUGACUUUAAAUGGCAUACCAGCGGAGAAAACUACAAAGGAUAUCACAGUUUUUCUACAGAAGACAGGUAAGCCUUUAAAAUUUUUCUGUUUACUUUUUAGGUCACCUAAGUGAAAAGUUUCCAGUUAUGCAAUUUUAAUUUUAGAGUAGCCAGCUUUGUCUAUAGGUCAUAAAUACAGGUUUAGCGAUACUGCCCUCAUUCUAUGCUUUUAAAAUACAGUGGAACCCUGCCUUAUGGCCACUCUUUUAUGGAUGGGCAAAACAGCUGUACUUUUUCUCAUAAAAAUACUUUUGUUAAUGCAGUCAUCUGUUAGUAUGGCCAACAGCCACAUUUCAAAAUCCCACACAGUAGAAUCCUUGUUAAUCUUAUUUGGAUAAUACAGCCACCAGUGCUAAAUUUAGAAAACCUAAUGCCUGAUAAGUUGAUUUCAUUGCUUUCUGUCGUUUUCUCAUCAAACAACCAAUUCAUUUACAAGUAAGAAACGCUCCUUCCUGUUUUCAUCAGAAACACGAAGGGAAAUAAAUCUUGAGUCUAACAUCCACUCAGGAAACUGUGAAAUGAUUAGGAAAUUUGACCCUGCCUCUGUAAUACAGCCACUUUGUUAAUACAGCCAGUUCUUUUUUUGCCCAUUGAUGACUGUACUAACAGGGUUCAUUAGAUAUGUUUAUUCUGGAUUAUUGUAAUAUUUUCACAAAAGCAAUAUUGAACAGUCUUACACUGUUGUCAGCAAAAAUACAAAUUCUCAACACUAUUUCAAGCUCAGCCAUGUUAAACAAGAAGUUCAGCAUUCUCCUUUUCAGGCAGUAACCAUGAAAAUUUACCAACUGUAGUAACUCUUCUUAUGGCCUAAAAUUGCUUAGAAUUCUUCAAAAUCCAAGCAGUAAAAUUAAAUAAAUUAUAGUUGUUUACUUUAAACUAGUUUCCCUCAGUUUUAGGGAAAGCAAUGAUUAACAGGUGUGGAUUAUUUGAUGGUGUCUGAUUUAUGUGAUAUAUAUCUUUUUGAAAACUUGAGGAACAUUUAAGGUCAAAGCGGGAUUGGCGCAGAUGGCUAAAGGAGGUAUUAUAAUGGAUGUUACUACAGCAGAGGAGGCCAGAGUAGCUGAGAAUGCUGGGGUAGGUUUUGAAAUUAUUUCCUUACUUUUAAUAUUCUUGUUGUAGGUUAGUCUGUUAAAAAUACUUAAUUUUGAACAAUUUUAGAAAUGCUUGAAAAUGAAUCUAUGACUUGAUCAUAAGUCUGAUUUUAUUUGGGCUAUUUUGGCACAUGAUUAUUAUAAACAAGUAAACAAAUGCUGUGCUCUGGUCUGUGUUUUAGUUACAUAUGCCUGGAUACAGGUCACAAUUGACUGCAUGGAUACUACAGUGACCUUCAUAAAAUGUCAUGUAAUCAUUCUGUUCUCUUUGUUGAGGAUUGAGAUCUCUCCUAUUGCUGAAUAUGUGCCAUUUUGUUUUGGUUUUCAUUAACUUAAACCCAAAAGCUGAUAGAUUUUGUGUAAAAAAAGUCACAUGUACACUGUACAUCACUCAAGGUGAUAUCAUUAAGGAAAGGUGCUAGCAUUUCAUUUGUGGUUAAUGGCUUAGGUUAUAAUCUAGAAUUCUUGUUCAAGUUGUCAAGUUAAAAUUUGAGUGGCAUUUAACACUAGAUAUGUUGUCUUGUAUUCGCAAAGGCAUGUGCUGUAAUGUCUUUAGAGAGAGUGCCAGCUGAUAUUCGUAAGCAAGGAGGUGUAGCAAGAAUGACUGACCCUAAGGUACUUAACAAUUGCAUCUUUACAGUUCUAGUCUUGCAUUUAAUUAAGAUUUGUUCAACCUUGGCGACCAUCUACUUGGUCAGUUCACAUUUGAGUCAUUCUAUUCUGUUGUAGAGAACAAAAGAAAUCAUGAAUGCUGUCACAAUCCCAGUGAUGGCUAAGGCCAGAAUUGGACACUUUGCUGAAGCACAGAUUCUGGAGGCUAUUGGUGUUGAUAUGAUUGAUGAAUCGGAAGGUUAGUUGGCCUUCUUAACCUAAAUUUACCCUUGGAUUUCUGCAAGUAUCUCUUAGUCUCAUGGGUACCUGACAGACAAAUACAAUGUGUAACGGGAUUGUCAGAUAGCUUUUAAUUAGGAGGAUGUACGGUUUGAAGAAGAGAAAUUUCUCAGCUGAGUAAAAGGGUUUGCUAGAGCUGCCCUGUAAUUUUCACGGUGUAACUAAGGUUACAAUUUGAGGUCAAAAGGACAUUUUUGUAUGGGGUUGUUUGUGGUGAAGAAAGUCUUAUUGUAACUGAUGGUGGUAUUUAUACAUCAACAUUUGUUGAAUCCAACAGUGUUGACACCGGCUGAUGAGUCACAUCACAUUGACAAACAUAAAUUCACUGUGCCCUUUGUGUGUGGUGCAAGAGACUUGGGAGAAGCCCUUCGAAGAAUUGCAGAGGGAGCAGCUAUGAUAAGGACUAAAGGACAAGCAGGGACAGGUGAAUUCAUUUUUACAUGAAAGUAUUUCAUCAAUUGAACAGAGAUACAUGUAAGGGUAAGAAAGAAUGAAAAAAACAGCCUAAUUGUGUUCUGUAGCAUUGUUGAAUGUUCAUAUUGAAAUUUCAUUCAGAGUAUUGACUAUUAUUGUACGUUAUAAUUGUAAUUUUUUUUGUGUGUCAGGGGAAGGUUUUUAACUGUACCUAAGUGUGUAAGAUGCUUUGACUAUUAAAAGUCAAGCUAGAAAGAAACAUUAAUGAGCAAAUAAGUGCUAAAUUGAAGCAAAGUUAUAGCAACGUCCCAUAUUUGUCUAAAUAUUCUCUACUUAUAGGUGAUGUUGCUGAAGCUGUUCGUCAUGCAAGAACCAUUCGCAAUCAGAUUCGCCAUGCUCAAGCCCUAGACUCAGCAGAGUUGUUCACCUAUGCAAAAGAGCUUAGAGUUCCUUUUGAACUUCUUAAAAAGACUGCUGAAAUGGGGCGUCUUCCUGUAGUUAACUUUGCUGCAGGUGGUCUUGGUAAGUAUUGGUUUGUCUUACUCUUGAUUUCAAUGCCAUUAUUUUAACAGUUCUGUGGUAAACUUGUUUUUAUUCCUUAUAGCUACUCCAGCCGAUGUGGCUUUACUGAUGCAGCUCGGGGUGGAUGGUGUCUUUGUUGGCUCUGGAAUCUUUAAAAGUGACAACCCCAAGAAAAGAGCGUGGGCAAUGGCUCAGGCUGUCACUCAUUAUAACAACCCCAAAAAGCUUGCUGAACUCAGUGAAGAUUUAGGAGAGGCUAUGUUUGGAACACCAGUUUCUGCUACUGCACACAAGUGAUAUGUUCUUACAAAUUGUGUGCAUAAUUGCUAGCUAGAUAGUAUGGAUUUUCUCUCAAAUUCCUGUGAAGCAAAUAACUAUUGGAAAGAGAGAGAAAGAAUCUUAACUAAUAAAUAACUAGUAGUAUUUAAAGUGAUAGUUAUAAAUUUCUUUAGGGUAGUUCUGGGAAUAUCUAGUUUGGUAGAGGUUCUCUCAAGAUGUUUCCUUGUCUUGUGAACUUGGUCAUUGUUGUUGCUGAUAAAAAUUUAAGGUCUAAUGAUCAGGGUAUAAUAAUAUCACAAAAUGCAAUGUUAGGUUUAAAGUCUCUCAAGGCAUCCAAGGCUUUUUCUCAUCCCAUUUUAUUUAAUAUGCUUCUUUUAAAUAUAUCAUUAGAAGUAGAAUUAGUGACAGAGUGUUUCAGUCGGUGCAUUUAAGUGGUGUGCUGAAUGCUGAUGUAUGUGAUUUAUCCUAUGGUACACUCAUUAUUGCAUAGUAACAGACCCACACUUCGACAGGCUUAGAUUAACCUGUAUUUAAAUUAUUUUUAUUUAUACAAUUGAUAUGCUGCAUGUAUACAAACUACUUGUAGUAUCAUUAGAGGUUUAAACAAUGUUGGUUAUAUUAUUGUGAAUAUAACUGUGGCAAUCAGGUAACAUGGUUACACUGACUGACUCAGACACUGGGUUUUCAGUUAUUGUGAGUAGUGAUCAGAGAUUGAAUUCUGUGGCUAUUAUGCUGAGUUCUUGGGCUUAAUUUGAUAGGUUAGGCUUGUUGCUAUAAUGAAGUGGAAAAUAUGUGAAAUGUUCAUAGGCCUUUUAUGCAUUUUAUUAGUGGACCUAGUGAGGGAUUCCUAAAAGCUGGAAUACCUUGGGCAUUUUUCUUUUUAUUUUAAUGUCAAAUUGCAAACAGUUAAGUUUCAUAAUGCUUUCUUUUUAUUUUAAUGAAUCAGAAGUUACACCUGCUUCUGUGGAGAUACACACACCUUUAUAUUUAUACACUAUUAUUUUAAUGGCUAAUUUUGUCCACAGACAGUACAUGUACAUCAGAGAUCUUGUGGUUGAUGGUCACAACAGCUUAUUUGUUUGUUGUAAUUAAUGAUCAAUAAUGUCAUCAACUGCCUGAGAUCUGCUUUUGAUUGAAAGUGUUUCACCAGGUUUUCUGUUGUCAAUUGACAUGGGAUGGUAAAGCCCUGACUUUGAGCCGUUGGUUUGGUUGUGUCAUGAAGAUUUUUAUCAACCCUCCCAGACCCACACUUACAGUGCUUGUUGUCAGUGGAAUUUUUUGUGUGUAAUCUCAUUGAUUAUGAGUUAUUCUCGUCAUUUGGGACAAAAUGAGCUGGUCAUUUUUCUCUUACAUUCAUUAACUAACAAUCACCUCACUUGAUAAAAGAGUUCAUUCAAGAAAUAGAUCAGUUGAACUUUAUAACUAUUAGGGUGGUGUGGUCAACAUACUCAUAUAUUACUGUAUUUGUGAUCAAUAACCUGGAGGUUAUAGGCUUAAUGCAAGCACAGCUUAAAUAAAGGUUUACAUGAUAUUUAAAUGGUGACCUUGAAAUAUUUGCAUGAAAUGCCAGUAACUUGGUUCCCUUGCGAACUGAAUUCCCAGUUUUCUGGGAAUUCCUAGGAAUUCUCAAAAAUUCCCAAUUAUGCAAAUGACCCUUGCAAACUGAAUUCCCAGUUUUCUGGGAAUUUCUGGGAAUUCUCAAAAAUUCCCAACUAUGCAAAGUAACUCUGAUUUAGAAAGCUUGGAAUUACUGGGAAUUUCUGGGAAAGGAAGACUCCAGUUUUGUGAGGACUUGGAAUCCCUUGGAAUUCCUAGGAAUUCUCAGCUUUACAAACUACCUAUAAUUUAAGAAGUGUGGAACUCUUGGGAAUUUCUGGGAAUUGAAUUUGAAGCAAUUUUAAUACCCUGAGGUCCACAUAAAUUCUAAGAAAUUCUCAAUACCUUGAAUGUGAACGUUUUAAGAAAAAGAGUAAUUUCAGAGGCUUAAAACUUUGGCUCAAUAAAAGGUAUGCUAUACAAAACUUACCAAGAGAUAUACAUACAUGUACAUGUUUACAACUUAAAGAUCAUGAAAUUUAUUACUCAAACUAAGUUUUAGUAAAUCUUUACAUUAAUAUGGAUUUUCUCAUGAACCAGCUGUCAGUUAUGUUAAAUGGAAAUUGCCAACUUCCACAAUAAUCAACAAUAAUUACAUUGUUAUCUUACUUCCCUAACCUACAUUACUGGUUGCCUUUGUUAGAAAACCUUGGAACAGUCAAGCUCAGUUGCCUCAAACGCUGUCAGAGACUUUUUGUUGACAAUACUUUUAGUAGAAAUUUCAUGCCUUAGACAAACAAAUUCAACACCUAAUUAAUCUUCUUUUUUUUUUAUGAUUGUUGUUGCUGCUUUUUUUUUUUUUCAGUUUUUGCUCUAUUUUCAUGACUAAUUGCUGUAAUUUGUUUUGCUGUUUUUAUUCUUACAAAACAUUUUUUGUAAGAGUUCCAAUACUUGUGGAUCAUCCACACACUUUGCAAACAUUUGGCAUGCAGACAAGACAGAGGUAGUCAAUGUUCCUUUGAGAAAAAAAACACCUUUUUAUAUGACGUCUUCAAUUUACUUUAUUUGAAACUCUGAUCUGAAAAUAUUUGUCAACAAGACUUGUUAGUAGUGAGAAGUACCAACCAAGUUUCCUUUCAUAACUUAAUUUCUUAAAUGUCCCAAUCACUGGAUCUCCCAAAAAAAAAUAUUACAUCUUUUUAUUUUUUGGUGCAAAUUACAAGUCCUUCUUUAUAUAAAAAUGAAAAGUGCUAGUCACACUUCAAUAAUAACAGCUCUUAAGUUUACUUGUUGUUCUUCUCUGUCUGUCAGCUAUCAACAAAAUUAUUUUAUACAGUGCAUAACUAUUUAUGGACCAGAGUUCCAACGCACCUCUGUAAUCGCAUAUAGCUACUCCUGUCUCUUGUACAAAUGUUUCUCCUUUGUAAGACGCACUCUACUCUGUUGUCAAUACUGCUUUAA